GCGAUCGGCAGUGCUCUGUGUCCCUCGGACACAGCGGAUCACUGGUCCACGGAAAGAGCCGAAGAUGUCAGCUCGAGCACUGAUGAUCAGUGUAGCCCCAGUAGUGCCACCUGUCAGUGUCCAUCAGUGCCGCUGUCAGUGCUCAUCAGUGCCACGUGCCAGUGCCCAUCAAUGCCACAUAUCAGUGCCUACCAGUGCCCAUCUGAGCGUCCUUUCAGUGUCACCCAUCAGUGCCAGUAAGUUCCGCCUAUCAGUGCCAGUCAGUGCCGCCUAACAGUGCCAGUCAGUGCCGCCUAA